GAGCGAUGUCGUUACGUGUUCAAAAUAUCCUGAUUAAUUCUCUACGCCAAUAUUCGAAGCAAAUCUUAAAACCACCCGGUUAUGCAUCGCCCGAAAAAACCAAUCACUUGAAGAAGUUUCUUGUGGACAAAAUUCGAGUUUCCGGGCCGAUCACAGUUGCUGAAUACAUGAAGACCUGUGUUUCCGCACCUCUUGUUGGAUAUUACGGACAGUUUUCGAAAGAUCAGAAGGUAUUCGGCGCUAAAGGAGAUUUCAUUACUUCCCCGGAGCUCACUCAAUUGUUCGGUGAAAUGAUCGGAGUAUGGGUAUUUCAUGAGCUAGCAAAUACGGGACACAAAGGAUCAUGGCAGCUCGUGGAGCUUGGACCUGGACGGGCUCAGCUGAUGAAUGAUGUUCUGAACGCAUUGGCCAAGUUCAACGACAAAGAUGUGUCUGUUCAUUUAGUAGAGACGUCUGAUGCUUUAAUUGAUGAGCAAGAAAAAUCAUUAUGUAUUUAUACGUCUAAAAAUUCAAUCGAUACUCCAUUCAUCCGAAAAAACAAAACACGGACCGGUGUAAAUAUCUACUGGUACAAAUCGAUUGAUGAUAUUCCCGACGGAUUCACUGUCUUCAUAGGAAACGAAUUUCUCGAUGCUCUUCCAAUUCAUCAAUUUCAUAAAUCGGGAGACUCGUGGAACGAAGUUUACGUAAAUCUUACGAAGGAUGGGGAUUUGUGUUUCAUGAAAUCUAAAGGAGAAAAUUUACAUACAAAAGGACUAAUCCCUUCCGCAAUUCGUGAUGACUCAUCUCGUGUAACAUGGGAAUGCUCGCCUGAAUCUGGAACCGUUGUGAAUCAAAUCGUUGAUAGAAUUACAACAUUUGGAGGAUUCUCUCUUCUAGUCGACUAUGGGCAUGACGGUUCUCGAAACACGCAUUCUUUCCGUGCAUACAAGAAUCACAAGCAAGUUGAUACACUGGAAAAUCCUGGAUUGGCAGAUUUAACUGCUGAUGUCGACUUUGGAUACUUAUCGACUCUUGUCAAAGAUCGUGUUGUUAUCUACGGACCAAAUGAGCAAAGAGAAUUCCUUGCUCAACUUGGAAUUGAACACAGGCUACGACGCUUAUUGCAAGUUUGUAAGGACCGGAAACAACAAGAACAACUAAUUGAAUCGUACAAUAUGUUGAUGGGCGAUAUGGGAUUGAAGUUCAAAGCCUGGGCGCUAUUUCCAAAAACUCUUGAAUUCAUUUUAGAGCAGAGAGGAGGCCCAGCUGGAUUUUCAGCCAAAAAGAAGACAACGGAGAAUUAAAUUUAGAUAUUUUGUUAUUGGAAUGAAUUAGUUUCUUUU